UGCGACCGGCGUGUAGUUCGUGUCGUCAUCGCCGCUCUGUCGCCUUUGUCGCCUGUCGGUUGUCGCUUUUGUCGUUUGUCCCCCGUCGUUUCUCGUCGUUUGUUGUUUCUCCCUUCGUUCGUUGUUCGUUGUCGUCUCGUCGCCUACCACCUCCUUCUUCGCUCUCUUUUGCGAUCUCAUUCGUUGUGCUCGCUUUUUUUUUGCGUUCUCUUUUUUGGUAACAAACAUACAAGCAUUACAAAAAAAAACAAACGAACAUCAACUAUUUGCGUCAAUUUGGGAAAACUUACUAAUGCCAAGUGAAACUGUGAAAAAAACAAAAAAACAGAAACUUAAACCGAGGUUUAUAAAAUUUCAACGUUUUGCCGUCGCCAAAUCAAACAAAAGGCAAGCGAAUGUUUAAAACGAACAACAAGCCAAAAAGAAAUGAAAUAAAAUAAAGAAUGAACAAACAAAAACAGGAGAAAAGAAGAGAGCUUUAGCAUUUAAAAUUAGAAAAAUUUAAAACCUCAGGAAUACUUUCGAAAAAAACUAUUAGGCGUAUACGUGAUGUAUGCUGCAAUUGUUGUUCUACGCUGAAUAACGUGCUACAUUUCCUUAUUUUAGUUUUAAGCCGCAAAUAAGAAACCAAGAUGAGAAGAAAAUUAUUAUCGUAUAGAAAAAAAAAAGCAUUUGCACUUGAGUAUUAUAAGGUUGUAUACCGACAAAGAUUUUAAAGAUAGGUCGAUUUCUGAAAUAGAAAUAGAUAGGAAUAGGUUUUUAAUAAACAAGUAUGAAACUAAGCAAGACAGCAAAAAGAGUAUAAAUAUUAUUAUCUCUUAAAAAUGUUCAUUACAAAGUCAGGUUUGCUUACAUAAAUUAAAGCCACAAUUAGGGCAGUAUAAACUAUGAGCGAAGUUGUUCAAAAUUCAUCCCAAAAUACUCCUGUUAAAUCCCCUCAUAACGUUCUCGAAAAUCUCAAGCGGCUAAAUCAACUAAAUAUCCUCUUUAUGUUUUUUGUAGCAAUUAAACACAAAUUUUUUUGAAACAACAACAAAAAAAUAAGAGUGCCAGUGAGUGUCCCAAAAAAAAAAAGAAAAUAAAACAAAAAUAAGUACCUGUAGAACAAAAUUGAAACAAACAAAAAACAAACAAACAUUUAAGGAAAUUGGAGAUUAGAGAUCCCGAAAAGAGAUCGCCGUGGGAAGUCCUUUCUGCAUGACGCACUUGGUUGUUUGAAACGGUUAUGUGAUGAGAUACGACGUCCAGGAGCUGCUACUUCAUCAGUCUGCUGAGGAUCCAUUCGCCAGAUUUGCCAAUGGGAUGGCAUAUCAUCCAUUUCUUCAGCUAACGCAACGACCCACUGACUUCAGCGUCUCCUCGCUGUUGACGGCGGGUAGCAACAACAGCAACAACAACAGCGGCAACAACAACUCCGGUAACAACGCGAACAACAGCAACACCAACAGCUCCGUCAACAACACCAACAAUCUAGUGGCCGUUUCACCAACGGGUGGUGGUGCGCAGUUAUCGCCGCAAAGCAACCACAGCAGCAGCAACACCACCACCACCAGCAAUACCAACAACUCUAGUUCCAACAACAACAACAAUAAUAACAACAACACCAGCAACAACAAUAACAACAAUACAAAUAAUAAUAAUAACAACCAUACGAAUAAUAAUAAUAAUAACACAACUAAUCAAAAACAAGGACACCACUUGAGCACCACCGAAGAAACGCCCUCGCCAGCGGGCACACCACCGCCCACAAUUGUUGGUGUACCGCCGAUACCACCGCCGAACAGUAACAGCAGCAGCAGCAGCAACUCGGCUGCCGCCCAUCCGUCGCACCACCCAACCACCACCAGCGGAGCCCAUCAUUCGCCGAGCACGGGUGCCGCUGCCCCACCAACGGCUGGGGCGACGGGCCUGCCGCCACCCACACCGCCGCACCACCUGCAACAACAACAGCAACAGCAGCAGCAGCAGCAACACCCGGCACCACCGCCACCGCCGUACUUUCCAGCAGCGGCACUGGCCGCUCUAGCGGGCAGUCCGGCCGGACCGCAUCCGGGUCUGUAUCCCGGCGGCGGACUGCGCUUCCCGCCGCACCACCCGGGCGCCCAUCCGCACGCCCACCACCUGGGCAGCGCGUACACCACCGCCGAGGACGUGGUCCUCGCCUCGGCCGUCGCCCACCAACUGCAUCCGGCGAUGCGACCGCUCCGGGCGCUCCAGCCCGAGGACGAUGGCGUCGUCGACGAUCCCAAGGUCACGCUCGAGGGCAAGGACCUGUGGGAGAAGUUCCACAAGCUGGGCACGGAGAUGGUCAUCACGAAGAGCGGCAGACAAAUGUUUCCGCAAAUGAAAUUUCGUGUUUCGGGACUGGAUGCCAAGGCUAAAUACAUCUUGCUACUGGACAUCGUGGCGGCGGACGAUUAUCGUUAUAAAUUCCAUAAUAGUCGCUGGAUGGUGGCUGGGAAAGCGGACCCCGAGAUGCCAAAACGCAUGUAUAUCCAUCCAGAUUCGCCCACAACGGGUGAGCAAUGGAUGCAGAAAGUUGUUUCAUUUCACAAAUUAAAAUUGACCAACAAUAUUAGUGAUAAACAUGGAUUUGUAAGUACUACGAUCCUGAACUCGAUGCACAAGUACCAGCCGCGUUUCCAUCUGGUGCGAGCCAACGACAUCCUGAAGCUGCCGUACUCCACGUUUCGCACGUACGUCUUCAAGGAGACCGAGUUCAUCGCGGUCACUGCAUAUCAGAAUGAGAAGAUAACUCAGUUGAAAAUCGACAACAAUCCCUUCGCGAAGGGCUUUCGUGAUACUGGUGCCGGCAAGCGGGAAAAGAAUUGUUACAGGCAGGCGCUGAUGUCGAACCGAGGGUCCGAUUCGGACAAGUUGAACCCGACGCACGUGAGCAGCUCGCGGGCACCGCUCCACUUGGGCCACGCCGGCCGUCCGCCGCACUUGCAUCCGCACGCCGCUCUGUUGGACAACCAGCAGGACGACGACGACAAGCUCCUGGACGUCGUCGGCCCGCCGCAGAGUCCGCUCCUGCCGCUCAGCCACUCGCUGCAGCAGAUGCACGCCCACCAGCACUCCGCCCUGGCCGCCUGGUUCAACCACCUGGCUGGCGCGGGAGCCGGAGCCUCCGAGCACGCGGCUGCGGCGGCAGCGAAUGCGAGUGCGGAGGACGCACUGCGUCGCCGCCUGCAGGCGGACGCCGAUGUCGAGCGGGACGGGAGCGAUUCGAGCUGCUCGGAGAGCGUCGGCGGCAGCACCGGCGGUGCCUUUAGGCCCACCUCGACGGGCAGUCCCAAGGAGGCGGUGGGCGCGGCUGCUGCCGCUGCAGCGGCUGGCUUAAAUCCCGGAGGCGGCGGCGCCGGCAGCUACCCCUCGCCGAAUAUAUCGGUGGGUCCGCCCAUCCAUCCGUCGCCGCAUCUGUUGCCUUACCUGUAUCCACACGGCCUCUAUCCGCCGCCGCAUCUCGGCCUGCUCCACAAUCCCGCAGCGGCGGCGGCCAUGAGUCCCGCUGGCUUGAAUCCGGGCCUGCUCUUCAACGCCCAACUGGCGCUGGCCGCCCAGCAUCCGGCUCUAUUUGGCCACGCCUACGCGGCGGCUGGACACACGCCGGUGUCGCCGUUGCAGGGCUUGAAGAGCCACCGCUUCUCGCCGUACAGCUUGCCGGGCAGCCUGGGCUCGGCCUUCGAUGCAGUGACUCCCGGCUCAAAUGCCAAUCGAUCGGGUGAUCCUCCCGGCGGCGGCGGCUUGGCCGGCGGUGUGGUGGAGAACGGACCGCGGAGCCUGAGCUCCAGUCCGCGACCUCGACCGGCCUCACAUUCGCCGCCGACGCGACCCAUCUCGAUGUCGCCCACCACGCCGCCCUCGCUGAUGAAGCCACGGGUGGGCGUGGCCCAGUCGCAGCACUCGCCCUCGGAGCUGAAGAGCAUGGAGAAGAUGGUCAACGGGCUGGAGGUUCAGCAUAAUGGAAGCGCGGCGGCAGCGGCGGCGGCUCUUCAGUUGGCCGAGGAGGCUGCCCAGCACCACCAGCACCACACACAGGCGCACCACCAGCAGCAGCACCACCACCAGCAGCAACAGCAGCAGCAGGCACAAGCACAUCCGCACCACCAGCACCACCAGCAGCAGCAGCACCUUUCAACACUCGACGCACCACGGAGCGACGGCGGGUGGUGCGGAUCAGUGACAAUUACUGGACGGCCGCUCCGAUUGCGAGGAUGCCGGCCUGGAAUUGGAACUGGAGUUGGAGGAGGACGUCGACGAUCAGGAGGAUCCCGAUGAUCAGGACGAGGAUCGCAGCUCGGUGAUCGAUCUCGAUCUGGAUGUCGACGUCUGACCGCGAACGGAUCACCGGCAAAGUCUCUAGCCUCCGAACUACACGGCCACCGUCUUCGUGGUUUAGCGGAGUGUGUACAUAUGGAUUUGGAUAUGGAUUUGGAUUUGGACCCCCUAGCACCUAGGCAUUUGUAGCAUAUAGUGUACUAUGUAAUCCCCCCCUCUCUCUCCCACACACUCUGUCUCUUUCUCGGCUCGAAGUCACUUUGCCUGCCCAUAGCCGGCCUUAAGUAAUUUUUUUUUGUCUCGUUUCUAAGGAAAAUCUAGCCCCUAGAAUUCGCCGGCGAUUUGGAGGCAAAGUGGUGGAGAGAGGUUUGCGGAGGGCAGUAAGCGAAAAGUUAAGGGGGAGUGGCAAAAGAAAUGAAUGGAACUUUUUACGCCUCGAAGGAGCAGCACUUCAGGAUCAAACAAACGGAAGGGAAAGGAAAUUGAAGGGAGAAAUAUUGGACAAAGAGCUCCCCUCAGACAAAUUUAUAAGGCAUAUAAUGUAUAUGUAUCACCCAUAUAUGUAUAUUAAUUGGAUUGAAAAUAGCAACAUCAAAGAUGGCGCCUCUUUAUAUACAUCUAGAAAACACACAUAUAUAUAUAUAUAUAUAUAGUAUAUAUAGAAGCUGAUAUAUAUACAGAAGAUUGUAACCUUAGUAAAACAUAAAAAACAUGAGAAGAAAACCCAAAAAAAAAAUACCACAAAAACAAAAUAAAUGCAAUUUUUUUCUUAGUCUUAGGUGGAUGAAUUUUUUUUUAGUAAACGUAAAUAAAACCUAUAUACAUAGAAAUAGAAAUAAAUAUAUAUAUAUAUAAAUAUAUAUAUAUACAUGAAUAAUUUAUGUAGCUCUUAAGUACCAAGAUACCGUAAACACUCAACAAACACACACACACAUGCAGCACCACCCCACACACACCCAAACACACACACACACACCAGUGACGAGUUUUCUUCGUAGACGAUGGAAAAUGCUUAUAAAAACAAAAAACUAUAUUAACACAAAGAGCUUGAGUUUUCCUAAUUUAACUAUAAUUUUUUUUUCGAUUUUUUUUCGUACUUUUAAGUUCUAAAAACCAAAGAAGAAAGUAAUCGAUUUUUUUUUUCAUAUUUUUAUUUUAAUUUCGGAACCCCCUGAGAUGCUAAUUUAGGGCACGAGUUCUGUGUGUGUUUAUAUCAUAAAUAUAUAUGUAUACUAUAAAUUUAUGCAUAAAAAAAUAUAAUUUUUUUUAUUAGUAAAGUACAUUUUUUUUGUGUAAGGAUUUAAAUAAAAUUAAAAGAGUUGAAUUCAACGCAUGUUCCUCGCAUAAUUUAAGAGAGAGCAACAAAGACGCAGCUAACACACACCCACACAUCUCCCUCGCACACUCACUCGCACACACCCACACACACACACACGCGCACACAAAAAGUCCCCACAAAUAAAUAAAAAAACGAAGGAAAUUCACAAAAAAAAAAUUAAAAUAAAUUUCUGUAGCUAUUUGUUUUCCUUGUAACCCAAUAAUAAUUGCAACCCAAUUGCAACACACCAUCAUCAUCAUCAUCAUCAUCAUUAUGAUCUUCACCUGCACCAUCAUAGGCAAUCUUAUGACGGAAGCGAAUUAACUUUUUUUUUCUCUGUUGGUUAGCUGUUUUUUGAAAAUGAAUUAUACGCAAAGCAAUAUUAAUUAUAGUUAAUUAAAUUUAAAACAAACGCAAACAACCCGAAACAAGAACAAGAACAGCAGCAGCAACAACAACAACAAGAACAAGAACAACAAAUUAUGUACGAAAGGAUAUAUAUUUAAAUAUAUAUAUGUAUAUGGAUAAAAUUAAUGAAGAAGCAACAACACCUCAUGUCACUGCAAUUAUAUAUAAAAUUAAUUAAACAACAACAAAACAAAGGAAAUUAAAUAAAAAUUAUUACUAAAAAAAAA